GCGCCGCAUGGAGCAGCCGGCGGCGGGCUGAGCCCCCUGCCCGGAGGGAGGGUCUCAUGGUACCAAGUGACGUGUCCCCGCUGUGAGAUUCACGCCCCGCAACCUCCUGAGAAGAUGUCAGGGAUGCAGGCCGUUUGGCCAUCCGGUACGGAAUGUAUCGCCAAGUACAACUUCCACGGUACCGCUGAGCAGGACCUGCCCUUCAGCAAAGGAGACGUCCUUACCAUUGUCGCUGUCACCAAGGAUCCCAACUGGUACAAGGCGAAGAACAAGGUGGGCCGGGAGGGCAUCAUCCCCGCUAACUACGUGCAGAAGCGGGAAGGAGUAAAAGCUGGGAUCAAGCUCAGCCUCAUGCCGUGGUUUCACGGGAAGAUCACGCGGGAGCAGGCGGAGCGGCUGCUGUACCCACCCGAGACGGGGCUUUUCUUGGUGCGGGAAAGCACCAACUACCCCGGGGACUACACCUUGUGCGUCAGCUGCGAGGGGAAGGUGGAGCACUACCGCAUCAUUUACUCCUCCAGCAAGCUGAGCAUCGACGAGGAGGUCUACUUUGAAAACCUCAUGCAGCUGGUGGAGCAUUACACCACGGACGCGGACGGGCUCUGCACCCGCCUCAUCAAACCGAAGGUGAUGGAGGGGACGGUGGCAGCGCAGGACGAGUUCUCCCGCAGCGGCUGGGCCCUCAACAUGAAGGACCUCAAGUUGCUACAGAUCAUUGGCAAAGGGGAAUUCGGAGACGUGAUGCUGGGGGAUUACCGGGGGAACAAAGUCGCCGUGAAGUGCAUUAAAAACGAUGCCACAGCGCAAGCCUUUCUGGCGGAGGCGUCUGUGAUGACGCAGCUCCGACACAGCAACCUGGUGCAGCUCCUGGGGGUGAUCGUGGAGGAGAAGAGCGGCCUUUACAUCGUCACCGAGUACAUGGCCAAGGGCAGCCUAGUAGACUACCUGCGGUCGCGCGGGCGGUCGGUCCUCGGUGCGGACUGCCUGCUGAAGUUCUCCUUAGACGUCUGUGAAGCCAUGGAGUACCUGGAAGCCAACAACUUUGUCCACCGGGACCUGGCGGCGAGGAACGUCCUGGUCUCGGAGGACAACAUCGCCAAGGUCAGCGAUUUCGGGCUGACCAAGGAAGCCUCCUCCACGCAGGACACGGGGAAGCUGCCGGUGAAGUGGACAGCGCCAGAAGCACUUAGAGAAAAGAAAUUCUCCACCAAGUCAGACGUGUGGAGCUUCGGGAUCCUCCUCUGGGAAAUCUACUCCUUCGGGCGAGUGCCUUACCCGAGAAUCCCCCUGAAGGACGUGGUACCCCGCGUGGAGAAGGGCUAUAAGAUGGAUGCUCCGGACGGUUGCCCCGCCGUCGUCUACGAGGUGAUGAAGAAGUGCUGGACCCUGGACCCCAGCCACCGGCCGUCCUUCCACCAGCUCCGCGAACAGCUAGUGCAUAUCAAAGAGAAGGAGCUCUACCUGUGAGGGUGGGGGGCUCACCCACCCCGGUAACCGGAGGGGGGACCCACACCGGGACGGGGGACACCGGGGUGUGGGCAGCCCCCCCCUGUCCGGCCCCGGCACCCGGAGCGGCUGGAAGGGAGCCCCGGGGGUGCUCCCCACACACCCCCCAGUUCUCCCGGUCGCUUCCAAACUUCCAAAUCAGUUUUGGUUUGUUUUUUUUUUUUGGUCAGGUUUUGGGUUUUU